AUGUCGAAAUUGUGGGAGGUAGAUCCUGAGACGAGAGCCAAGCUGCUCCAAAUCUCCAAAACAAAUGGAAACGACCGCUGCUGUGACUGCGGCGCACCCUCCCCGCAAUGGGCAUCGCCCAAAUUCGGCAUAUUCAUCUGCCUCAACUGCGCCGGCACCCACCGCGGCCUGGGCGUUCACGUCUCCUUCGUCCGCUCCAUCACAAUGGACGCCUUCAAAAACGCCGAAAUCCAACGUAUGGAAAAAGGCGGAAACGAUACCUGGAAACACUUCUACGACGAACACACAAUCGUUAUCUCGGAAGGACGCACAUUUGAAGAUUCCACGAUAAAGGAGAGAUACGAUAGCGAGGUGGGGGAAGAAUACAAGGAUAGACUUACGGCGAAGAUUGAGGGAGUCGAAUAUGUGCCAGGUGAGAAAAAGCAGAGAGUUGUCUCGCCGCCGGUGACAGUGACAGAGACCGUAUCGUCGAGGUCGAAUACACCACUCCAGGGAGGUCGAGCAUCACCCGCCGGUAUGGCCCCAACACAAAAGGAGCGGAAUGAAACAUACUUCGCCAAGAUGGGUACAGAAAAUGCAUCGAGGCCAGAAGGUAUAGCGCCUUCGGCAGGUGGGAAAUAUGGCGGGUUUGGAGGCGGUGUACCAGUAUCAGCAACUAGAUCGACCCAGGGGGGCAGUGUGGUGCCGGGGUUGAAUGAUUUUCAGAAUGAUCCUGUUGCUGCUUUGUCGAAGGGAUUUGGAUGGUUUACGUCGGCCGUGGGGAAGAGUGCGAAGACUGUGAAUGAUACGUAUAUUGCGCCUACUGCUAAACAGCUGGCCGAGUCGGAUUUUGCAGCUCAAGCACGGAUACACGCCGCCCAACUAGGUCAAAACCUACAAGUCGGCGCCCGCGAUGCAGCGGAUCGCUUCAACCGUUUUGUAGAAGGUGACACGCCAGGAGCUGGUGGUGCACAGCGAAGAGCCCAACCAGAACGACAGGACUUCUGGGACGAUUUUUCGGCUGUCGGGGAGCAAGCUGCUCGUCAGAAACGACAAUCUGGGGCUAUUGGCACGGCUGCUAUGAGAAAUACGCCAACCACAAGUGCGGCUGGAGCUAGGGUUAGUGCGACGGCACCAGCUGCUACGGGGGUAGGUGCGAAUGCUACUACAAAGGAGAAAGAGAAGGAGGAUUGGGGUGAUGAUUGGUAG